CAGCGGGAACAUGGCGCGCGGGGCUCGCUAGGCUGGGCGGCCGCGGGACCGUUAUCUCGAGGCCGGCGGACGGGCGGGCGCGGGCGCGAGGCGCAGGCACGAGGCGCGAGCCCCGGAGGGAGCGGGCGCGGGCGCGGGCGGGCGCGGGGACCAUGGAGCCGCCUUCGCCGCAGCCGCCGGCCGCCCCCCCGGGCCGGGGCCGCAGGAAGCGGGAGUCCGAGCCGCCCCCGAUUCCUCUCUUUGGAGCCAAGUCUUUUGGCAGAAGAAGCCCAGACGGGCCAGCGCUAAGUAAAGCUGAAUUUGUUGAGAAAGUUCGUCAGAGCAAUCAGGCCUGUCACGAUGGAGAUUUCAGCACAGCCAUUGGCCUUUAUAACGAAGCACUGGCUGUUGACCCUCAGAAUUGUAUCCUGUACAGUAACAGAUCUGCAGCUUACCUGAAGAUCCAAGAGUACCACAAAGCUCUGGAUGAUGCAAUCAAAGCCCGACUUCUAAAUCCCAAAUGGCCAAAGGCAUACUUCCGACAGGGUGUUGCCCUCCAGUAUCUUGGACGCCAUGCAGAUGCUCUGGCAGCCUUUGCAUCAGGCUUGGCCCAGGAUCCCAAGAGUCUGCAGCUUCUGGUUGGGAUGGUGGAAGCCGCCAUGAAGUCUCCUAUGCGAGAGUCCCUCGAGCCCACCUAUCAGCAGCUUCAGAAGAUGAAGCUGGACAAGAGCCCCUUCGUGGUGGUGUCUGUGGUCGGCCAGGAGCUGCUGACGGCUGGCCAUCACGGCGCCUCGGUGGUGGUCUUGGAAGCCGCCCUGAAGAUUGGCACCUGCAGCCUCAAGCUAAGGGGCUCCGUCUUCUCGGCCCUGAGCAGCGCCUACUGGUCCCUGGGCAACACCGAGAAAAGCACCGGCUAUAUGCAACAGGACCUGGAUGUAGCCAAGACCUUAGGUGACCAGACGGGGGAAUGCCGAGCUCAUGGGAACCUGGGCUCCGCAUUCUUCUCCAAAGGAAACUACCGGGAGGCUCUCACUAAUCACAGACAUCAGCUGGUGCUGGCCAUGAAGCUCAAGGAUCGCGAGGCCGCCUCUUCAGCCCUAAGCAGCCUCGGCCAUGUCUACACAGCCAUCGGAGACUACCCCAACGCUUUGGCCAGCCACAAACAAUGCGUCCUUCUGGCCAAACAGUCCAAAGAUGAACUUUCCGAAGCCAGAGAGCUGGGCAACAUGGGCGCUGUGUACAUUGCCAUGGGGGACUUUGAGAACGCCGUGCAGUGCCACGAGCGGCACCUGAAAAUUGCCAAGGACCUCGGCAACAAGCGAGAGGAAGCCCGGGCCUACAGCAACUUGGGCAGUGCCUACCACUACCGCAGGAACUUCGACAAGGCCAUGUCCUACCAUAACUAUGUGCUGGAACUGGCCCAGGAGCUCCUAGAGAAGGCCAUCGAGAUGCGCGCCUAUGCUGGCUUGGGGCACGCGGCAAGAUGCAUGCAGGACCUGGAGAGGGCCAAGCAGUACCAUGAGCAGCAGCUGGACAUCGCGGAGAACCUCAAGGACCGAGCUGCCGAGGGGAGGGCUUCCUCCAAUCUUGGGAUCAUCCACCAGAUGAAAGGCGACUACGAGGCGGCGCUGAAGCUCCACUAUAUAAUUUCCCACGACCGGGCCCUGCAGCACUACCAGAACCACCUGAACAUCGCCCGGGAGCUGCGCGACAUCCAGAGCGAGGCCCGCGCCCUCAGCAACCUGGGCAACUUCCACUGCUCCCGCGGGGAGUACGGCCAGGCGGCGCCCUACUACGCGCAGUACCUGCGGCUCUCGCCCGAGCUGCAGGACAUGGAGGGGGAGGGCAAGGUGUGCCACAACCUGGGCUACGCCCACUACUGCCUGGGCAACUACGAGGAGGCCGUGCGCUACUACGAGCAGGACCUGGCCCUGGCCAAAGACCUGCACGACAAGCUGAGCCAGGCCAAGGCCUACUGCAACCUGGGCCUGGCCUUCAAGGCCCUGCUGAACCUGAGCAAGGCCGAGGAGUGCCAGAAGUACCUGCUGUCCCUGGCCCAGGCCCUGAACAACCCGCAGGCCAAGUUCCGGGCGCUGGGGAACCUGGGGGACAUCUUCGUGUGCAAGAAGGACACGGGCGGGGCCAUCCGCUUCUACGAGCAGCAGCUGGGCCUGGCCCACCAGGUGAAGGACCGGCGGCUGGAGGCGAGCGCCUAUGCGGCCCUGGGCACGGCCUACCGCACGCUGCAGAAGCACGACAAGGCGCUGGGCUACCACACGCAGGAGCUCGAGGUGUACCAGGAGCUGAGCGACGUGCCCGGCGAGGGCCGCGCGCACGGCCACCUGGCGGCCGUCUACAUGGCCCUGGGCAAGUACACGAUGGCCUUCAAGUGCUACGAGGAGCAGCUCGAGCUGGCCCAGAAGCUCAAGGACGCCAGCGUCGAGGCCCAGGUCUACGGCAACAUGGGCAUCACCAAGAUGAACAUGAACGUCAUGGAGGAGGCCAUCGGCUACUUCGAGCAGCAGCUCGCCAUGCUGCAGCAGCUCAGCGGCAACGAGGCCGUGCUGGACCGCGGCCGGGCCUACGGCAACCUGGGCGACUGCUACGAGGCGCUCGGCGACUACGAGGAGGCCAUCAAGUACUACGACCAGUACCUGUCCGUGGCCCAGAGCCUCAACCGCAUGCAGGACCAGGCCAAGGCGUACCGGGGCCUCGGCAACGGGCACAGGGCCAUGGGCAGUCUGCAGCAAGCCCUCGUGUGCUUCGAGAAGAGGCUGGUGGUGGCGCACGAGCUGGGGGAGGCCUUCAACAAGGCCCAGGCCUACGGGGAGCUGGGCAGCCUGCACAGCCAGCUGGGCAACUACGAGCAAGCCAUCUCGUGCCUGGAGCGCCAGCUGAACCUCGCCAGGGACAUGAAGGACCGGGCGCUGGAGAGCGACGCCGCCUGCGGCCUGGGCGGCGUCUACCAGCAGAUGGGCGAGUACGACACGGCCCUGCAGUACCACCAGCUGGACCUGCAGAUCGCCGAGGAGACGAACAACCCGUCGGGCCAGGGCCGGGCCUACGGCAACCUGGGCCUCACCUACGAGUCGCUGGGCACCUUCGAGAGGGCCGUGGUGUACCAGGAGCAGCACCUGAGCAUCGCCGCGCAGAUGAACGACCUGGUGGCCAAGACCCUGUCGUACAGCAGCCUGGGCCGGACCCACCAUGCCCUGCAGAACUACUCGCAGGCCGUCAUGUACCUGCAGGAAGGUCUGAGGCUGGCCGAGCAGUUGGGGCGCAGAGAGGACGAAGCCAAGAUUCGCCACGGUCUCGGCCUCUCCCUCUGGGCCAGCGGAAACCUGGAGGAGUCCCAGCACCAGCUCUACAGAGCGUCGGCCUUAUUCGAAACGAUCCGGCAUGAGGUUCAGCUAAGCACCGACUACAAACUGUCGCUGUUUGACCUGCAGACGUCCUCGUACCAGGCCUUGCAGCGGGUGCUCGUCAGCCUCGGCCAUCACGACGAAGCCCUGGCCGUGGCAGAGAGGGGAAGGACCAGGGCGUUUGCCGACCUCCUGGUAGAACGUCAGACCGGCCAUCAGGACUCGGACCCCUACUCCCCGGUGACCAUCGACCAGAUCCUAGAGAUGGUGAACGGCCAGCGGGGACUCGUGCUCUACUACUCCCUGGCAGCCGGCUACCUGUACAGCUGGCUGCUCGCUCCUGGGGCAGGAAUUCUCAAGUUUCAUGAAUAUUAUCUGGGCGAUAACAUGGCGGAAAACUCCAAUGACUUCCAGGAAACGAGCAGUGUGAUUCUCCAAACAGUGACCAGCUCUGCCCUCGAGCAGUACAUCGCCAGCGUGCGGGAGGCCUUGGGAGUAGAUUCCUAUUAUACCAGGGCUUGUGCCAGCAGUGAGACAGAGAGCGAGGCCGGAGAGAUCAUGGACCAGCAGUUUGAGGAGAUGCACAGCAAGCUCGCCUCGGUCACAGACCCCACGGGCUUCCUGCGGAUGGUCAGCCGGAAUCACCUCUUCAACCGGAGCUGCCACAGCAUGACGAGCUUGUUCAGUAACACCGUGUCGCCUAUCAAGGAUGGAACCUCCUCUCUUCCCCGAAGACCCAGCUCCCUCGCCAAGCCCCCGCUCCGCGCCCUCUACGACCUGCUCAUAGCACCCAUGGAAGGGGGCUUGAUGCACUCUAGCGGGCCUGUAGGGCGCCACCGACAGCUGAUCCUGGUGCUAGAAGGAGAGCUUUACCUCAUUCCUUUUGCCCUCCUGAAAGGAAGUUCCUCCAACGAGUAUCUGUAUGAGCGCUUCACCCUCAUUGCUGUGCCAUCAAUCCGGGCCCUGAGUCCCAACUCCAAGUCUCAUCUGAGGAAGACUGUGCCCACUUACUCAAGCUCCACCUCCAUGGCAGCGGUCAUCGGGAAUCCCAAGCUGCCCUCAGCAGUCAUGGACCGGUGGCUGUGGGGGCCAAUACCUUCUGCAGAAGAAGAAGCUUACAUGGUCUCGGAGUUGCUCGGCUGCCAGCCUCUGGUGGGCCACGUGGCCACCAAGGAGAGGGUCAUGAGUGCCCUGACCCAGGCCGAAUGCGUCCACUUUGCCACCCACAUCUCCUGGAAACUGUCUGCUCUUGUCCUCACCCCCAAUGCCGACAGCACCCCUGGCGGCAGCAGGAGCUCCUUCGGGAACCCCUACACGAUUCCUGAAUCCUUGCGGAUGCAGGAUGAUGCGAGCGAUGCCGAGAGCAUCUCGGAUUGCCCGCCCCUGCAGGAGUUCCUGCUCACGGCCGCUGACAUCCUGGACCUGCGGCUUCCGGGGAAGCUCGUGGUCCUGGGUUCCUAUCAAGAGUCCAGCAGCAGAGUCACAGCAGACGGGGUCAUCGGCCUGACCCGAGCCUUCCUGGCCGCGGGAGCCCAGUGCGUGCUGGUGUCCCUGUGGCCAGUCCCGGUGGCUGCUUCCAAGAUGUUUAUCCACGCCUUCUACUCCUCCCUGCUGAAUGGCCUGAGAGCCAGUGCGGCCCUGGGGGAGGCCAUGAAGGGGCUUCAGAGCAGCAAACAGUUCUGCCACCCGUCCAAUUGGGCAGGGUUCCUGCUCAUCGGAAGUGACGUGAAGCUGAACAGCCCUUCCUCACUCAUUGGUCAGGCCCUGACAGAGAUUCUGCAGCACCCAGAGAGAGCCCGGGAUGCCCUGCGGGUGCUGUUACACCUGGUGGAGAAGUCCCUGCAGCGAAUUCAGAACGGGCAGCGCAACGCCAUGUACACCUCCCAGCAGAGCGUGGAGAACAAAGUGGGCGGCAUCCCCGGUUGGCAGGCACUCCUCACCGCCGUUGGCUUCAGGCUGGACCCACCAGCCAGCGGGCUGCCCGCAGCCGUCUUCUUCCCCACCUCGGACCCUGGCGAGCGGCUCCAGCAGUGUAGCACCACCCUCCAGGCCCUCCUGGGUUUGCCGUCCCCGGCGCUGCAGGCACUGUGCAAGCUCAUCACCACCUCGGAGGCCGGAGAACAACUCAUUAGCCGGGCUGUUAAAAAUAUGGUGGGAAUGCUUCACCAGGUCUUGGUCCAGCUCCAAGCCGGAGAGAAGGAACAGGAUUUCGCCUCUGCGCCUAUCCAAGUCUCCAUCAGUGUCCAGCUCUGGCGGCUCCCAGGCUGUCAUGAGUUCCUGGCAGCCCUCGGUUUCGACCUCUGCGAAGUGGGCCAAGAAGAGGUGAUCCUGAAGACUGGGAAGCAAGCAAAUCGCCGAACAAUCCACUUUGCUCUCCAGGCCCUGCUGUCCCUCUUUGACUCCACAGAGCUCCCCAAACGCCUCAGCCUCGACAGCUCUUCAUCCCUGGAGUCUCUGGCGUCUGCUCAGUCCAUCUCCAACCAAGCUCCCUUGGGGUAUCCCAACCCACCAUUUUCCCCCACUUGCCCUGAGAGUGUUGCAUCAGAUGCCAUUUCUGUGUACAGCCUAAGCUCCAUCGCCUCUUCCAUGAGUUUUGUUUCCAAGGCUGAGGGCACACUAGGGCGGCAGGACGGUGACAAGCCCAAGAACCUGUACUGCCAGCGGCCCUCGGCCCCGAGAAGCCAGCUGUCUCCCCAGAGCAGUGCUCCAUCUGGCAAAGAGGAAGAGGAAUACGAAGGAUUUUCCAUCAUUAGCAAUGAGCCUUUGGCAACUUACCAAGAAAAUGUAAAGCCGAGAUUUUCGCCAGAUCCCAAACAGUGCAAAGCUGGGACGCCCGGCGGCAUUAAAAUUUCCGUCAGCUCCAAAGGGAGCAUAAGCACCCCCAAUUCUCCCGUCAAGAUGACUCUUAUCCCCAGCCCAAACUCACCUUUCCAGAAAGUUGGGAAACUCGCGAGUUCGGACACUGGCGAGUCUGACCAGUCUAGCACUGAAACGGACAGUACCGUGAAAUCCCAAGAAGAAAACCACCCGAACCUCGACCCACAAGAAUUGGCCCAGAAGAUUCUGGAGGAGACCCAGAGUCACCUCCUUGCCGUGGAGCGCCUUCAGCGGAGCGGGGGCCAAGGAACCAAAGGCAGCCCCGCGGAAGAGAGCACUUCCACCCCAAACAGCGCCCCUUGUGCAUUCAGAGCAUCAGAGACAAGUGCGUUCAGCCGGCCCCUCAGCUGCAGCCAGAAGAGCCAGCCAUCCCCGGUGACUGGGAGACCCAAGCCCCCCGCAAGGAGCUCGUCGCUGCAGAAGGUGAGCUCGGGCUACAGCAGCCCCACGACUUCGGAAAUGUCCCCCAAGGAGGGCGUGAGCCAGCACAGCGGCCGGCCUUCCCCCAGCACGGACUCCCCGAGCUCUUUGACGGACCAGCCCCACUUUAAGUUAAAGUACCCCAGCUCUCCCUACAGUUCACACAUUUCCAAGUCUCCGAGCUCAGGCCACCAGUCGCCGGCCGGCAGCGCGCCUUCCCCGGCUCUGUCCUACUCUUCGGCCGGGUCGGCCCGCUCUAGCCCCGCAGACGCCCCGGAUCUGGACAAGCUGAAGAUGUCGGCCAUUGACGAGAAGGUGCAGGCGAUCCACAACCUGAAGAUGUUCUGGCAGAGCAGCCCCCCGCCUCCCCCGGGCCCCGUGAAGAUACUCCGCGGGGCGCCGGGGACCAUGACGUCCAAAAGGGACGUGCUGCAUUUGCUCAACCUGUCCCCCCGCCACGGCAAAAAGGACGACGGCGUGGACAAGCUGGAACUGAAGGAGCUGUCUCUGCAGCAGCGCUCUGGCUCCCCGCCAGCAAACCCUCCCAAUGGCCACAGACGCUCGGACGCUGCCACCCUGACCCCCUCCCCCGGGCCGCCCAGCGCCCCUCCGGCCUCCGUGCGCCCCUUGAGACUGCCGUCGGGCAAUGGCUACAAGUUUCUGUCUCCUGGCAGGUUUUUCCCUUCCUCCAAAUGUUAAAGUGACUUUCGUGUCAGGCAACUCCAGCUCCAGGCCUGCCAAGGGCCUCGGUUUGCUUCUGCCCACUUGCCUUAUCCAAGUGGAAGACCAGUCAGCUUUGCUAAAGACCCCAUCAGCUCCGCGAUGGGCCGCGCCUCCGGGAACCCCAGUGGAUUCCCUCUAGUGGGGCCUUGGCAGCUCCCGAUCCACCCGAAGUCAGGAUCCCCGGACUAGGCGGCCAGUGCAGGAGAUCUUAGGGAAGUCUCACACCCUUCACCAAAUGUUCACCUCGAACUCACCGAUUUUCAUCCUUGGUAGGAUUCCGCAAAAGGAUUUUUAUACGGAAAUUAUUCACGCUCGGGGGUGGGAGGGGAGAGGAAAAGGAGCAGCUAUUUUGCUAAGAGGUAUAUAUGCCAUCCCUUUUGUACACAAAUACAGAUAGUUUUUUUUAAGGCCUCCGGGUGCUGGCUGAAGUGGUAUAUGACAUUUUUCUUAGUCAAAUCCUCCAUGAAAGUGUUAUAUUAACCAAAAAUAGAAUUACGGUAAGAGGAUGCCAAUGAUUUGUAAUUAAAUUAUAGAAGUUUGGGUCUCAUAGUCUUGUAACUUCACAGCAGCAAUGCAAUAAUUCAGGUUCAAACUGUGCUUCCACUCUGAACUUUUGCCAGUUACUAACUAUCUCUGAAAAUGUCCCUUUGGGCCCGUUGUCAGCCAAACUUGAAUUUCCGCAAAAUUCAAGAAUCAACCUUAUGCAGGCAUUGUAGAGCUAUGCAAAUAUGAUGAAAAUGCAACUUUUAUGCUUUCAAAACAUUUUGGGCCUUUUUUGUACUUGGGUAACUAGAAACAACUUGGUUUUAUUAAUAAUAAUAACGCUUUACAUUUAUACAACACUCUUGUUUUUUAAAGCUCAAAAAGUUUUCUAAAAAGUGUCUAAAAUUCUGAAUGCUCAACAAAUAGUGGCCAAGUUUGGAAGAAAUGUAGAUUGAAUUCCUCCAUUUUGUUACAAGCAAAAGAAAGUUGUUCCAGGGCUCAGUAGGUGCAACCAAAAGGGUGGGGUGUCUCAAUCCCUCCCCAACUCAGCAUUCCACUCUCCACUACCCCCGACACACACACGUGUGCACACACACUCACUCACUCACUUACUCACUCACUCACUCUCUCAGGCCACUUCAAGUUCUCUUCUAACUCCAGGCCUCCCAGAUUCCAUGUGAUCUGUCCAUUGACAGGUUCGUGGUUCUCAAAGCUUGGACUGGGCUGCCACGGAACACUCUUGUCUCACUGUCCACCCGGAGGGGGCCCCUGCCACCUGUGCAGGGCAUUCGUCCGUCUGAAUGCCCAUGAGAUGUGCCCCUACCUGGCACAUGUGUGAGAAUGUAGAGAUAGCUGCAGAUGGAGCUCAGGAGGAAGGGCGAGAAGAGGUGCCCUAUGGAAGAUGAACUUCAGAUUGUAUGGUGGAGUUGGAGAAUUUAAUUACGUUAAGGAGAUUUAAAAUCCCACCAAUAUUACUCUCUGUGGGCCGUACCCAAAAUGGCGGAUGCCAUCCCCUCUGGCAUGUGCAGAGACCAUUGUGCUAGUGGGAUGGGAGACUCAAGGCGAGGCGCUGGGGUACUACUGUCCCUUCUGCACUCCAUCACUUUAUGCCGUGCCCAUUUUAUCCGUAUACCAAAUGGAUGGGAUAAUAUUGGCCGGGCUCGUACUUGCGUACUUGCACCAAGGAAGUCGGGAGGAUGCGAUCAUAAAUUCUCCUCCUGAACAAGAUUCACGGAGGGCCUUUUUGCAUUUGAAAUCUUUGUAGCCGGGUCAGUGAAUGCAAACUCCAACUCCCCAACUAUGACGCCACAGAGGAUCGCCACUGCAGCCACAGAAAAACCCCAAAUGUGUAUGUAGUGCUGCGGAUUUGGCCGGCAAACUGAGAUGGAAAACCUCCCCAAACUAGCCUGGAAGUAAAAGGAGGGAGCUCCGUCUGGACAGCUUGCCACAGGGCUGAUCCCUCUAAUCCUGCUGUUGCCCUCUUCCCUGAGCCAUAGACCGGCAGCCAGAAUGAGGAACAGCCACGGCCCUUCCCUGCACCCAGCCUCUCACCCGAGAGGAGACAGACCAUCUGGUCGCAAUGACCCAGCCAGCUCAGAGCUCCGUCCCCCGUAGCCUCGCUUUGAGGCCAUCUUCUAGGCCGCGCUCUGUUUUCACGCUGAGUAGCGGAAAUGUGUACAUGUGACUUGUUGGUCCCGCGAGAACUCCCGGUGGUGAAAGAAGAAUGGUCCCGCCUCCCUUUUCACAGCUGCCUUCCCACCCGUUUUACACUGGCCACCGUAAGCACACCACAAAGCUCCAAAAGGCCGUUGAGUUGCCCGCCCGUCCAAAAGGAAGUGUGGAAUAAAGUCCGUAAGUCAGAAGCAUGAAGAUUUGGCACCGACAAAGCCAGCUGUGUGUAAAUGAUGAAAAUGGACUCUAGCGGAAUGCCGCUCAGAGCCGCCCUGGGGGGCUAGUUAGGUUUCCGUGAAUCCUGUCUAUGGCGGAUUGGCGUGAAUGUGAAUUGGGAGCCUCCUUUCAGUCCCGCUUGGCUUGCCUUCCUUCCUUGGGUGGAGCCGGCCAGGCCCCAUCGGGCGACGGGUACCACCUGGGGGGCCGGCAUCCCCAGAAAGAGUUUGCUCUUCCGUUUUGUGGAUCGCGGCAUGUGGAUUUUUGUCUGCUUGUUUCAAGCCCGGAAGCUGGAAUGCCCUACCUGAAUGACGCUCGUGCCGAUGCGGUUUAAUGUCACUUGAAUACAAUACGCAGCACAGGUCUCCCUCCCCACUACACAUAGCCCAGAGACACAACAAACCCAGUAAGACUUGCUGUUCCCCAUAUUUAUUUUCUGCGAACGUUCUGACUAACAAAAAGUUAGAAUCUCGUUACUCUGGUGAUUUGUGAGCCGAGGGCAAGCAGCAAGCAACCGCCUCUCCUCCUCUGGCCCAGUGACAGAGCUCCCCCCACCCAAGUGAUUAAAUAGCCCUGCUGCAAGCCGCCAGGGUCCCCCUGGGCAGAGGCGCCCCCCGCUGCUCAUUGUGGGUAGGCACGGCUGCCAGCGGUCUGCCCUGUGCACACCCACAAGGAGAACCCUUUCCAGUCCAGAUUGGAGUCCCCAUCGGGAACGUUUGUAGUGAGUCGGAGAAAAGUCGAAAUGGAAUCCUGUUCACCCCGCACUCGGCUGCUUCGUCUCCAAAGACCAUCCAUGUGCUUUGUGAACUGAGCUCUUGUCUUUGCCAGAUCCUUCGAAGGUGUGAAACUCGAGGACGGCCGCGGCCACGGCAGCCCUUCUCCAGACGUGCCCCCCCCCCCCCACGCAGUGUUCGCCAUGUCUGGCCUGCGUGGACUUUUUUGUACAUUACACUCUGUGUUUCCAGACAGCAUUCAACUUUUUAUAUUAUGAAAUUUACCAUGUAAAAAGAAGUUCAUAUUUUUAUUGAAAUUGCUGAGGCAUUUGGCCUUCUCCCUUUGUGAUUUCAGUGUCUAUUAAAGCAUGAGCUCUCUCCGUU